AUGACUUCCAAACCCGUUGCCAACGACACCACUCAGAGAUCCUCUGUACCCCGUUCGUUACUUCCACCGAAAGCUCCUUCUGGAGCACCCGAAGCUUUCAAGGCUCUCAUCCAAGCACUGGAUGACGCGAGAGUCACUCAAGUCCAGAUUUUACCUGCGGACCCAGGACCUGAGUAUCCACCAGGUGCACUUGUAGUUCCAAUUGAGGGAGGGCAUGGAAAUCUCAUUGCUGUCGAAGGUGUUUUGGCAGUUCCCAAGAGACUUCUUAAAGGCGCCUUUCUCCAUGCUAAUCGUGUUUUUCAUGAGCUUCUUUACGGAUACAUUGAGAACGAUGAAAAUGUGGUUUUGGCAACAACUAAAGUAAUUCUAUUAACUGUUACUGAACAUUUACCUGCCAUAAACGCGCGAAAGCGAGUAAUUAUGGGUAAUAUCGACCUUUUAAAGGCUGAACUUAUCUGGCAAGCUCAACUCUUUUGCAGCGCUCUACCCAAACAAACCAAGUCGCCAAUGUUAUGGCGCCAUCGUCAAUGGGUUGUUGCGCAGCUGGACCGCAACGUUAUUGAGUACGAAGCUGAAAUUGAGAUUAUUUUGGCGGCAGCACAUAUGCAUAGAUGCAAUUAUUAUGCGUGGGCAUACGCAAGGUGGCUGUUGCGAGGUUGGAAGCCGAGUGCCAAAGGUACUGACAGUGAUGCCAUAUACGUUCGGGUUCUAAACUUUUGUCGAGCACAUGUUUCGGACAUUUCAAGCUGGACCUUUUUACUUGAUUAUUUGGCUGGGUUACCAGAGAUCAAAAGUAAUGUUGAUUUAACGGAAAAACAAAAGAAUUGUUUAGCUGAUAAUGUAGAGGCCAUUGAAGCGUUUAAACAGGUUGCACCGGGACACGAAUCUAUUGAAUAUUUUCUAAUCUGCGCAGAUGCCCCUAUGGAAGACUUGACUUCUGUAGAUAACACCGUGGAGGAUGUUAGCAAGGCCGCUGAGGCUAUGCGCAGUAUCGAGGGCUGGAUCCUGAUUGCUACCAAUCUCCACGAGGAAGCUACGGAGGAAGACGUGCUGGACUUUUUCUCUGACUUUGGCACUGUUCAAAACUUGCACUUGAACCUGGACCGACGUACAGGUUAUGUCAAAGGUUACGCGUUAAUAGAAUUUGCAACACCAGAGGAGGCACGCGCCGCAGUCCUUGACGGUGAUGGUGCAGAGCUGCUAGGACGCCGAAUUAACGUGGAUUUUGCAAUUGUUCAACCCACAGGGAAAGAAGAAAAUGAGACUCAAAGCAGCAGAGAUAGAGAUGUCAGUAUAACCGUCUAUUUAAAGCCCGGCAAGCCAUAUAGAAUUGGCCGCAAAAAUUUGGAGCUCACACUUAACUCCAAGGCCGUUUCACGACACCACGCAACAAUCACAGCUGAAAAAGCCGAUGGAUCAGGGGCUUAUAAUUUAACCGUAUACGAUGAAAGUUCAAAAGGUGGCACAUUUAUCAAUGCUAAUACAGAACCCAUUCCAUCAAAGGAGCCAACCUUAAUAACUAAACUUCCCAAGCGAUUAAGCAAUUCAUGUGAAUAUGCAUUUUUAUGGCUAGGCAAAAAUCGAAGUAGUAGCGUACCGCGUGAAUACGAGAUCCAGCUCACAUGGGUUCCUCUGGACUGCGCAUACAGGGUUGACGGUAAAUAUGCGCGAAGUGUGGAGGAUGUGCGAAAGAAAAUGGCAGCUCUUGGAAUCCACAUGUCGGCCAAUAUGACAGUUUUCACUUGUAUGCUUGUUCAACCAGCCACCAAAGACCUACAAGAACGAAUUUCUAAUAAACUUGUUUAUGCACUCACUCAAGGAUUUCCCAUAGUGACUCCGGAUUACUGCACCGAAGUGCAAAAAGUUUUGAACCAGAAUCAAGUUAGCUUUGAGGCUCCUGGAAUGGCUUUUGUUGAUACAGGAAGUAAAGAUUUUUUUCAAGUAUGGUCAUUGACUACAGAUUUAGUAAUUAAGAGUAUUUUACCUGAUCCUAGCAAGUUUGUUCCGGAAAAUGACAUACAGCUUUUACCGGACCCACGACGCAAAAAAAUAUUUUCUACAUUUAUCUUUGGUCUCUGGGGCCGCCCGGAAUUUGUUCAAGGCCUGAAACCAAUAUUUGAAGGUGCCGGUGGACGGUGUGCGGUGCAUUCAACUCAACUACCAGUUAGCAAAGAGCCUAGUGAUGAUUUGAUUAAAGAUAUAACUACGUUUCUCGACCUUCUAGCCAACUCACCUGAAAAUAGAAACAUCUACCGAGUUGUACCUGUUAUAUCUGAAGAUCCUCAGGAUACUGUGAAUUCUGUAAUCAUACGUGCUGCGCAAAAUCAAGCCAAGGCCAUUCGAUCGGGACCCGCAUAUAGUGGCCGAGUGGAAGUUCUACAACCAGUUACAACAUCCGAGAUUGCCGAAGCCAUACGUACGAUAUCAACUACUGUUAUUGAGGGCAGCGUUGAAAUUCCAGAGGAAGAUGUUCCGAUAGAAGUGGAUGAGGAAAAAGAAGAGGGAGAAAUUUCAGCUGACAGUGUCAAACCAGAGCCUUUAGAGUCCCCGUUAAAAAAAGUCAAGGUAGAAGAGUUGUCAUUGACUCAGGCAUUUUCAACAACAGUAACAAAAUUCAAGCCGCGGUCACGAAAUCCAUAUCUAUCGGGGCUGACAAAAACUACUGCAUUGGACGACUACGUGGGGUCGGCGGGACUGGCCAAACCGACGAAAUCUGUGCCUGCAAAGGCUGCGCGGACAAGAAGCAAAAAAGCUAUUGGUGGUUCUGGAAAGGAGAAAAAUCUAUUAGAUCUAUGGGCAUCCAUGCCUGUAGUAGAACAUAAACAAGAUCUCAAUUUAGAUCCAGAUCCGAUACUGCAGCCGGAAGCAGAGCCAGAGUUAGUACCAGAAGAGGAAAAAGAACCGGAGGCAGAUGAACUAUCUGAAUCCCCUUCAGCAAAGCGUCGUCGGAUAUCACGACUUGAAAUUCUUGAUGACGAAGCUGAAGAUGCAGACGAAGUUACUAAACUUGCACGCCAACCGCACAAGCCUGAACCACAACAAGAAUUUCUUUCAAAGGCUGCAAAUAAUUUGGCUCAGACCUCUGCAGAUACAGCCUUUGUAUUUGCCAAAAAACGCAAGACCAAGGUCCAUUUUGCGCAAGCAGUGCUUGCAACAAAAGACACACUGGAAGAGGGGAUUGCAGGAGAUGCUAAUAUAGAGUACACUCCUGAAGAAGUUGCUGCAAUGCGUAAUCUGGCUAUUGUGGACGAGAUGGAGAUGGUGGAACCUGGCGUUGAAGGGCCCACACGUGCAUCAACGCGUGACACGGUUGUCUCGCCAUGUGAUAUGCGACCAACGAGUGGGAGCAUGAGCGAGAGUAAGUGGGGGUUGCGGCCUAAUUUUAAAUCUUUUCGCAAGUCAUCUGUAUACGGGUCUGGCAGUGUGUGGGAUCCAAACAUCAGCAAAACCAAUGGUACCGACCAGCCUUCAGUUUUCGUGACUGCUGUCAUUGAACUGGUACAAGCGAACCCCAAUGAAAACCGGUUGCGCAACAACAAGGAGUUUUUGGAGCUGGAUGUGCGCAAAAAGAGCCGGGAGCGGAUGGCUGAAAAAGAUAAGGAAAAUGAUAACUCUACUGAUGCGAAUGCGAAUGCAAAUGCAAUGGCUUUGGUACGAAGAAAGGACUCGCAAGACAGUUUAUUUGUAGGAGGGAUCAGGGAAGAUGAAGAGGAAGAGGAAGAAGAAGAACAGCUUAACCGUGUUUUUGAGGAUAAAAGGCCUGCGGCUAAAGUAUCUGCUGAUGAAUUUUCUUUGGUAGUUGCUGGGAGUCGGAAUGAACCUCAUAACGAGUCUGUCGAGUCUGAUUCUGAGUCUGAGUCUGAGUCUGAGUCUGAUUCUGAUGAAGAGGAACGAAACCAGUUGGUGGUCGCAAAGCGACGGAGGAUGGAUAUUGUACCCCAGUUACGACGGGACGUUAUUGUACGCAACGGGAUUGUACCGCGCAGACCGCAAAGUUUGUUACUUGGUGGGCCUAUUGAAUCUAAUCAGUGGAACGGCGGGUAUAACCAGAGACAACUGAUGCCUCCUCCUAAUGGGGAUGAUGAAGAAGAAGAAGAAGAAGAGGAAGAAAUUAACCGUAUGAUUGGAAAUGGUGAAGAGAGAGUACCUUCUCAAGAUGAGAAUGAAGAUGAAGAUGACGAUGAAGAGCAAGAGUUGCGGUUAGAUCGGCCACGAAUUGUUAUUGAACGACGAACACCCCAGGCAGGACCACGACGAGGUGGACUUCUUUUGAGUGCUGGAUCCGGCGGUUCUAGAAACAAUACUCGGACGCCAACAACUCAUGGGUUUUUAAUAGAAGAUGAAGAUGAAGAAGAAGAAGAAGAAUAG